AUGCCUUCCGAAACUCCCAAGUCGCGGUUUCGCAAGAUCCAGAGCUUCAAGGCCGACUAUGCUCCCUGCACCAUCUCUCAAUAUGUCUCCGAACGCAGUGGCUUGCAAGUCGUCAUCGCCGAUCGCAAGGGGCCCAAGGUCAAUGGCUACUUCACCCUAGCCACUGAGAUCUUUGACGACUCGGGAGCUCCCCAUACUCUUGAGCAUCUUGUCUUCAUGGGCUCUAAGAGCUACCAGUACAAGGGUCUCCUCGACAAACUCUCCUCCCGUGCCUACUCCGGCACGAAUGCCUGGACUGCAACAGAUCAUACCGCCUACACUCUCGAGACCGCUGGAUGGGAGGGUUUUGCCCAAAUCCUUCCUGUCUAUCUGGAGCACAUCAUCCUGCCCACCAUUACCGAUGAGGGAAUCGUCACCGAGGUCUGCCACAUCGACGGCGAGGGUAAUGAUGCCGGUGUUGUUUACUCGGAAAUGCAAGCUGUUCAAUUUCGCAGUCCUGAGAUCAUGGACCUAAAAGCCCGCCGUCUUCUUUACCCAGAGAACGUCGGCUUCCGAUAUGAGACUGGCGGCAUGACCGAAGCUCUGCGUGUCUUGACCCCCGAGCGUAUCCGCCAGUUCCACAAAGACAUGUACCAGCCCCGAAACCUUUGCCUGGUCAUCGUCGGCGAGACGAACCACGAGAAUUUGCUCCAGAUUCUCGACGAGUUCGAAGAGUCCAUCAAGGAUGACAUCCCCUCCCUUGAUACCCCUUUCCAGAGACCCUGGAUUGACUCUGCUCAGCCUCCUGCUCUCAACGACUCCAAGAUCGUCACUGCCGAGUUCCCGGAGGAGGAUGAGACGGUUGGCGAAAUCCUUGUCGGCUUCUUUGGUCCCAACUGCAUUGACACUACCGCAUCAUCCGCUCUCAACGUUCUCCUCACCUAUCUCUGCGGUUCAUCCGUCUCUAUUCUCGAGAAUGUUAUGGUCGAGCGUGAGGAACUUGCCAGCUCCGUCAGCUACUGGUGGGACUCUCGCCCCAACUCCGUCAUCUGGUUGCAGCCUACUGGUGUCGCCACUGAGAAGCUUGAGUUUGUUGAAAAGCGUCUCUUUGAGCUGUUGAAGGAGGUCGCGUCGAACCCUAUGGAUAUGGAAUACAUGAGGGAGUGCAUCCGCCGCGAGAGACGUCAGGUCAAGUACCACGCUGAGACUUCCGAGUCGUUCUACGCCACCAACAUCAUCACCGACUAUCUCUUUGGAGAACGUGAUGGAUCAACGCUCAAGGAUCUGCAGAAUCUAAACGAGUACGAUGACUUGGAGAAGUGGGAAGACAAGGACUGGCGCGACUUCCUCCGUAAGUGGAUGGCGGAUGCUCACCAUAUCUCAGUCCUUGGCAAGCCCUCCCUCGAGAUGGCCUCUAAGAUGAAGAAGGAUGAGGAGGCUCGCAUUGCCAAACGCAAGGAAGAGCUCGGACCCGAAGGCCUUGCUAAACUCGGAAAGCACCUUGAGGAGGCGAAGAAGAAGAAUGAUGCCCCUAUUCCCGCCUCGCUCAUCGAUCAAUGGCCUGUUCCUGGUACAGACUCGAUUCACUUCAUCGAGUCCGAUACUGCUCGUGCUGGACGCGCUCGAGCUGUCGGCUUGGGUGUUGGAUCCGCGCAAAAGUUCAUUGAUGCCGCGCCUAAUGGAAAGCUGCCCCUCUUCCUCCAGUUCGAGGACGUACCGACCAACUUUGUUCACAUUACCAUCCACAUCGGUACUUCUCAAAUUCCGGACGAGUUCAAACCCCUGAUGCCAAUCUUCAGUGACAACUUCUUCAACACGCACAUCAUGCGUGAUGGCAAACAGGUCGGCUUCGAGCAGGUCGUCAUGGAGCUCGAGCGGGAUACCAUCAGCUACUCGCUCAGCUCCGCCCGAUCUCUGGGCGAUGCUGACGGCAUGAUGAUUCAGUUCCAGGUUGAACCAGAGAAGUACGGCGCCGCUGUGGAAUGGAUCCGCACCAUGAUGUUUGACUCUAUCUUCGACCCGCAGCGCCUCAAGGCUGGCGUCACCAAGGCUUUGGCUGACAUUCCCGAGGGCAAGCGUGAUGGCCGCGGCAUGGCUGGCGAGGUUGACGCAGCGUUCCACAUGGAGAGGUCGACUCUUGCUGUCGCCAAGCGUGUUCUUGUUCGAGCUGUGUAUCUCAAGCGCCUCAAGAAGCUGUUGGAGAAGGAGCCUGAGAAGGUCGUGUCCUGGUUCAACACCGUCCGAAAGUCGCUUUUCACUUUCCAGAACAUGCGCUUCCUCGUCACUGCAAACUUGGCUACUCUACCCGACCCUCUUACCACUUGGGAUACCUUGUCCAAGUCGUUGACCGCCGAGGAGGACAUGGUCGAGAUCCCCAAGCCCGUGAGCCUUCUCAACGCCGAGGGCCGCAAUCCUGGAUCUGUUGGUGCCGUCAUUAUUCCCAUGACCACCCUCGACAGCUCCUACUCUGUCUCAUCGGCUAAGGGCCUGGAAUCCUUUUCCGACCCCCAGAUGGCCGCCCUCAUGGUCGCCAUUGGCUAUCUUGAGGCCCCUGAGGGUCCCCUCUGGAACGCUGUCCGUGGUGCUGGCUACGCCUACGGCUCCUACUUCGCGCGCGACAUUAACUCGGGCCUUCUCUCGUACCGAGUAUACCGCUCUCCUGACGCCUUUAAGGCUAUUGCAGCUUCCAGUGACGCCAUCCGAAAGGUUGCCGAGGGAGAGGUGGACAUUGACCGACACCUGUUGGAGGGUACCAUCAGCCAGAUUGUCGUCAUGUUCGCCGACGAGCAGUCGACGAUGCCCAGCGCCGCACAGCAGAACUUUGUCCAGGGCGUCGUCCGCGGCCUGCCCAAGAACUGGGACAAGGAGGUGCUGCGCCGCGUGCGCGCCGUGACUAUCGAUGAGAUGCGCGCCGCUAUGCGCGACAUUAUCCUGCCAUGUUUCGAGCCGGGCAAGAGCAAUAUCAUCGUGACUUGCGCAACAUUGAUGAAAGAGGGCAUGGAGACUGCUUUCAAGGGUAUGGGCUACAAGGUUCAGACACACGAGCUCAGCUACUUCCACGACGACUAUGGCCUGAAGCCUGAUGGCAACGAGGAAGAAGAAGAAGAAGAGGACGAGGACGAGGACGAGCUGGAUGGAUCCGAGGGAUCCUAUGAUUCAGAUGACUCCGAAGAGGACUAG